CUUAAGACUGCCUGGUUCUGAUCUCUUCCCCUGCCAGCCGGUGACGGUCAGGGUCCCAGGGCGCUACCGCCUCGCCAGUUCCAGAGUCCCCCCCCCCAGCGCUCCCUUCCUCGCAACAUCAGGACCAGGGAUCUGUGCGGCUGUGGCUCUGUGCGCAUCCAACCCACCUUCAGCAUCACCCCUGAUAUUCUCUCGCUUUCCCGUUCGUCACUAUGGAUAAACUGGCUGAUGCAAACUCGCAGUUUGCUUUGGAUCUUUUCCAAAAGUUGAAGGAAGCCCACCCAACCGGCAACGUUUUCUUUUCUCCGCUCAGUUUAUCGUCCGCACUGGCCAUGGUCGUCUUAGGGGCCCGGGGUAACACAGCCUCGCAACUCUUGAAGGCACUUCAUUUUGAUGGUGUUGAAGACCUUCAUUCAGUAUUUCACCUGCUCAAUGCAAAAAUUAACCAGCGCAAUGCACCCUAUAUUCUGAAACUUGCUAAUAGAUUGUAUGGGGAAAAAACUUUCAACUUUUCAUCUGAUUUCUUGACUAGCACCCAGAAUUUGUAUGGUGCUGAAUUAUCCACAGUGGAUUUCUUAAAUGCUCCAGACAAGGCAAAAAAGGAAAUUAACCAAUGGGUUGAACAGCAGACUGAAGGUAAAAUCCCAGAGUUGUUAUCUGAAGGAUCCAUCAAUGAAAUCACUAAAUUGGUUUUGGUGAAUGCUGUCUACUUUAAAGGCAGCUGGGCAAAGGCAUUUAAAGAAAAAGAUACUGAAGACAAGCCUUUUAGACUAAAUAAGAGAGAAAAGAAGACUGUGAAGAUGAUGUUUAUGAAAGAGAUACUUCCUUUUGGUUAUAUCCCUGAAUGCAAGUGUCGUGUGCUGGAACUGCCAUACAAAGGAAAGGAUCUUAGCAUGAUCAUCCUUUUGCCUGACAGCAUUGAAGAUAAUUCCACAGGCCUGGAACAGCUGGAGAAGCAGCUCACUUUGGAAAAACUGCAAGAAUGGACAAAGCCCAAAAAUAUGAAUUCCGGCGUGGACGUCUAUGUAAAUCUACCUAAAUUUCAACUGGAAGAAAACUAUGAUCUUAACUCUCACUUUGCAGCAUUGGGGCUAGUAGAUGUGUUUGACAGUGGAAAGGCUGAUUUGUCUGGAAUGUCGGGAGCUCAGGAUCUCCAUGUGUCUAAAAUUGUUCACAAGUCCUUUCUGGAAGUAAAUGAAGCGGGCACUGAAGCAGCAGCAGCUACUGGUGUUACAUAUAUGCCUUGCUGUCUGAUCAUGGGGAAGGAUUUUAAUGCUGAUCAUCCUUUCCUAUUUUUUAUCCGUCAUAAUCCAACAAACACUAUACUUUUCCUUGGUAGAUUUGCUUCUCCAUAGAGUGUAUCUUAAGUCAUAAAACCAACUUCCAGCCUCCUAUAAUAUACACGUUUCCCUGCCUGCUUGGGAGAAUUGCCAUGAACAAGUUGAGUUUCUCCAGAUGUUUUCCAUCUUCGGUUUUCUUGAACUCCUGAGUCUGUUAACAGGUUUUAUGUGACACCCCUGCUCUAAAGGGUAGCCAUCUCUAAUCUAAGACAUUCAGGUGUGUUUGAUUGCAGUUCCUUUAAUUUCCAACUAGCUAGGAAUUCUGGGGAUUUUAGUUUGAGCCCUUGGAAGCCAUUAGGCAAAAGUAUUUGUAAAACGAAUAACACAUGAAUUACUAGAAUACAGUUGGCCUUCAUUCAAUAUAAUGUAAGAGUCUUUGGUCCUUGAAAAUCAUUGAUAAUAUAGAAUCCCGAAAGUGACUUCUUUUUUGUUCUUACAAAUGCAAAGCCAUUUGGUACGUGUCUUAGUAAGUACCGUGUUUCUCAGAAAAUAAGACCAAAUCUUAUUUUCUUUUAGACUUGAAAGUAAACACUUGGGCUUAUUUUCGAGGCAGUCUUACUUUUUUUGAGGUGCAGCAGGCCAGACACGGUGAGCUGGAUGUGCCGUGGAUGCACCAUCGCCUCCAUUCCAAACUUUCAGUGUUUGGAAUGGAGGCUUUUUGGCAAACAGGAGGAAAAUGGGAGGGGGGAAUUUUUCCUGCCUGCCAUCCUUUCCUCAGUAUGUGCUAAGCUUGAGGAAUGGAUGACAGGCAGGAAAAUCCCCCCCCCCAUUUUCUUCCCAUUCACCAAAAACCAUCUCACAAGCCUCCCAAAAAGAGAGGGGAAAAGCAAAGGAGCUGAUCGCAAAGUAGCCAUUUUCAGGGAAGCAGACCAACAAGCAGAAUCGCUGCACCCAGAAAGAGAAGGGCGCUGCCCCAAGGGGUCAGUGGGCUGCAGCUGCAGCCGGACAGAUCCCCCCUCCACACCUGCGCCACCAUUCAUGCUGGCCACGAGCAUCCCCCCAGACUUAUUUUCAGGGUGGGGUAAUAUUAGGCCGAUACCCAAAAAAUUAGGGUUGGGCUUAUUAUUGGCAUGGGUCGUGUUUUUGGAGAAACCCGGUACCUUAUGAGGAAUUACGGUGUAACUUUUCUUAUCAUUCAGUAAAUGCAGAAUUGUUGACAUACGAAUCAUCACUGACCUCAAUCUACUAUUUUAUUUUAUUUUAUUGAUAUUUUUUGUCCACAUUCUCUCUGCACAGUAAAUCUGAACUAUAUAUUGUUGUCCAUCCUUCAGGCAUUGAUUUUAUUGAAGGAAGGUGUCAGAUAAAGAAAUUCUAAUGUCAGUUUGAAGAGUUUGAAAGACUAGCUGUGUAUAUGAACAAACACAAGUAGGAGUCCCUGUUCAAAUUACAUCUUGGUGAUAAAGAAGGCAGUGUCAAUAUCCCUCCAUCCUUACUGUGUUUGUAGACUGCGAUUCUAGUCACAUUAAAUUUUAAGUCUUUCUUUUGGAAUAGAAUUAUCUUUUUUUUAAUUUUAUUUUUAUUACAAUUUUUUUCAUAACAAUUGUA